AUGAACCCGGCCCCCGGCUGCGGGCGUUCCCGACACGCCGGCCCCCGUUGCAGGCCCGUGAGCACCCGCACCCCGGACCCCGCCGCCCCCGCCCUGGCCCCCGCCCCAAAGGCCCGCCCCAAGCGCUACCUGCACACGCUGCUCCGGGCGCCUGCUGGCCGGCAACCCGAGGACGCGGCGCAGGCUGGGGGCGCCCAGGCCUUCGCCAAGAGGACCCUGAGCUGGAGGCUGGUGGGGGAGGGCUACAGCCGCCAGCUCUCCGCGGACGAGCAGCGGCACGUCUUCCGCCUGGCCUUCCGCAUGUGGAGCGAGGUGACCCCCCUCACCUUCCGGGAGGACCUCGCCGGCCCGGGGGCCAUGGUUGACAUAAAGCUGGGAUUUGGACGAGGCCGGCACCUGGGCUGUCCUCGGGUGUUCGAUGGAGUCGGGCAGGAGUUUGCACACGCCUGGCGCCUGGGCGAUAUUCACUUUGACGAUGACGAGCACUUCACCCCGCCCACCAGCGACAUGGGCAUCAGCCUCCUCAAGGUGGCCGUCCAUGAGAUUGGCCACGUCCUCGGCUUGCCUCACAGCUACAGGGCAGGAUCCAUAAUGCAGCCAAAUUAUCUUCCCCGCGGGCCUGCGUUCGAGUUGGACUGGUCAGACCGGAAAGCAAUCCAGAGGCUGUAUGGUUCCUGCGCAGGCUCAUUUGACACCGCCUUCGACUGGAUUCGCCAGGAGCGGACCCCCCUCGGGGACACCACGGCUCGGUUCAGCACCUAUCUCUUCCGCAACAGCUGGUACUGGCUGUACGAGAAUCGGAACAACCGGACCCGGUACGGGGACCCCCUCCCCAUCCUCACCGGCUGGCGCGGGGUCCCAGCACAGAACAUAGACGCCUUCGUCCACAUCUGGACUUGGAGGAGAGACGAGCGCUAUUUUUUUAAAGGAAAUCGGUACUGGAGAUACGACAGCGACAGGGAUCAGGCCUACACGAAAGAUGAGCAAGGACACAGCUACCCCCGGCUGAUCUCAGAAGGGUUUCCUGGCAUCCCGAGUCCCCUGGACACCGCCUUCUAUGACCGAAGGAAGCAGCUGAUUUACUUCUUCAAAGGGUCCUGGGUGUUUGCGUUCGAUGUCAACAGAAACCAAGUCCUCGGUUCUUCCCCGAAGAAGAUGACUGAGGUCUUCCCAGCGAUCGAGCCUCGGAACCACCCGCUCCGGAGCCUGGACGCCGCCUACUACUCCUACGCGCACAGGGCCGUCUUCCUGUUCAAAGGCAGCGCCUACUGGAGGGUGGCCAGCGCCGAGGACAGGCAGCGGCGCCCGGGGCUGCCUCCCAACGGCCUGUUCCCGCGGCAGCCCAUCCCCCAGAAGUGGUUCGAUGUGUGUGAUGUCCACACCUCCACCCUGAACGUGUCCUGAGGAAGCAGCCCGUGGACAGAGC